CAUAUUAUGUCGACACCAAAACGUGGAAGUGACGUAUUUGUUACCCAUCAACCCCUUUGGUGUUGAGAUUGCUGUUUAUCAACUACAACAGUAUUUAGGUGUAAACCAGUUGCUGGUGUUGACAUUUUGACGUCACAAUGGGGGAGAGAAAAGGAACAAACAAAUACUACCCUCCAGAUUUUGACCCAGCCAAGCAUGGAUCUCUUAAUGGCUAUCACAAAACCCAUGCGCUCAGGGAGAGGGCAAGAAAACUGUCCCAGGGCAUCCUUAUUAUCAGGUUUGAGAUGCCCUACAACAUUUGGUGCGAUGGCUGCAAAAAUCACAUUGGCAUGGGGGUCAGGUACAAUGCUGAGAAGAAGAAAGUUGGGAUGUACUACACCACUCCAAUCUACAGGUUUAGGAUGAAGUGCCACCUGUGUGUCAACUACAUUGAAAUGCAGACAGACCCGGCGACCUGCGACUAUGUGAUCGUUAUUGGGGCACAGAGGAAGGAGGAGCGCUGGGACAUGGCUGAAAAUGAGCAGAUCCUCACCACAGAGAGGGCUGAGAAGGAGAAGCUGGAGACGGAUGCCAUGUACAAGCUGGAUCAUGGUGGGAAAGACAAGGAGAAGCUCAGAAAAGCUCUGCCAUCUCUGUCAGAAAUCCAGGAACACCAGUCCAGCUGGAAGGAUGACUUCCAGCUCAACAGCAGUCUCCGCAGGAAGUUUAGAACGGAGAAGAAAGUUCUGGCAGAGCAGGAGGAGAAGGACAACGCUGUGAGGAUGAGGACUAACCUGUCUAUCCCUCUGCUGCCGGAGAAGGAAGAGGACAAGAAACUGGCAGCACUGUUGACUUAUCAAUCACCGGACUCAUAUGAGGUGAAGCAGCACAGCAAGAGGAAGGAGAUCUCCUCACGUUCAUGGUUCAGCUCCCCUGCAGCGACACCUGGGGGCGCUGCAGGCAGUCUGCUCCACAGACUCAGCAUGCAGGGGAAAGAAGCAGCAAUGGCCAAAUCCUUCAGCACCUCACAGAGUCCACUGAUCAUCAAACGCACCGGAGGACCUGGAUUCAAAACAGAACCUAGCGCCACUGUCACCCGUGGAAAUGUGGACCCUGAAGUGAACACGCACGAGAACAGGACUCAGAAACAAUUAGACUCGAAUGGAGAUGAUAGAGCCGCAAGAGUCUUUCAAAAAUCGGAGACAAAUGUUGUUAAACCUGCAGAGGAAGUGUGUGAAGGACAGAUUAAUCAUGUGGAGAGGAAAGUGGACAGGAGCGGAGGAGCAGUCGCCUCCCUGGUGGCAGAUUACAGCGACUCAGACUCUGAUGGUGGACAGUGAGGCCUUACAUCUUGUGACAUAAAAAAAAAACAUUGCUACCCUUCAUGUUUGCUUACUUGUUGCUUCAUAGUGGUAUCGUCCUUAGUGAGCACAAGUGUAAGACAGGGCUGUCGUUUGAAACCCUGGGAUUUGCUGCAAAUGACAGCUUUAAACUGUUAUGUUCACGUAUGUUGCAGACAUGCCGUCUUUAUUUAAUUUCACAUCAGGUGAAAUUGUGUGUUUUUUAUGGAAACCAAUUUCUGCCACUUGGGUAAAAAAUAUAGUUGAUUCUUAAG